CCAGAAGAGGACGCAAGUCUCCUUCUCUGUCCCCCAGAAGAGGACGCAAGUCUCCUUCUCUGUCCCCCAGAAGAGGACGCAAGUCUCCUUCUCUGUCCCCCAGAAGAGGACGCAAGUCUCCUUCUCUGUCCCCCAAGAGGGGACGGAAGUCCCCUUCUCUAUCUCCCAAGAGAGGAUGCAAGUCCCCUAAGAGAGGACAUAAUUCCCCUUCUCUGUCCCCUAAGAGACGACGUAUGUCUCCUUCUCUGUCCCCCAGGAGAGGACACAAGUCUCCUUUGUCCCCUUGGAGAGGAUGCAAGUCUCCUUCUGUGUCCCCUAGAAGAAGACGCAAAUUGUCUCCUUUGUCCCCUAGAAGAGGACGCAAGUUGUCUCCUUUGUCCCCUAGAAGAGGACGCAAGUUGUCUCCUUUGUCCCCUAGAAGAGGACGCAAGUUGUCUCCUUUGUCCCCUAGAAGAGGACGCAAGUUGUCCCCUUCUCUGUCCCCUAGAAGAGGACGCAAGUUGUCCCCUUCUCUGUCCCCUAGGAGAGGACGAAAGUUGUCCCCUUCUCUGUCCCCUAGGAGAGGACGCAAGUUGUCCCCGUCUCUGUCCCCUAGGAGAGGACGCAAGUUGUCCCCGUCUCUGUCCCCUAGGAGAGGACGCAAGUCGUCCCCGUCUCUGUCCCCUAGGAGAGGACGCAAGUCAUCUCCUCUGUCCCCUAGGAGAGGACGCAAGUCAUCUCCUCUGUCCCCUAGGAGAGGACGCAAGUCCUCUCCUCUGUCCCCUAGGAGAGGACGCAAGUCCUCUCCUCUGUCCCCUAGGAGAGGACGCAAGUCAUCUCCUCUGUCCCCUAGGAGAGGACGCAAGUCAUCUCCUCUGUCCCCUAGGAGAGGACGCAAGUCAUCUCCUCUGUCCCCUAGGAGAGGACGCAAGUCAUCUCCUCUGUCCCCUAGGAGAGGACGCAAACCGUCUCCUCUGUCCCCUAGGAGAGGACGCAAACCGUCUCCGUCUCCCAGACGAGGGCGGCGGUCUGAGUCCAGGCCACGUGGCUCUGUCAGGAGGUCGAGGACCAGAACCCCUCCUCCUCGUCGUGGUAGACGUCCGUGGUCCCGCUCUCCUGUGAGGCCGACUUGCCGCUCACGCUCUAGAUCUAGACGGCUCCAUCGCUCCCGGUCGCUGAGGAGAGGCCGGCGUUCCCAGAGCAGCUCCCUGUCUCGCAGGAAGAGGUCCCCCCCAAGGACACGACGGUCCCGGUCUCCGGUCAGGAGAGGCAGGCGGACUCGCUCCCGCUCCGUCGUGAUCCUGAAGAGGAACAGGAAAGGCUCACGGUCCAAAUCCCCACGGGGCAAGGACAACAAGUCCCGCUCCAGGAGCCACAGGAUAUCCAGGUCACCAGUUAAGAAAAUACGUUCUAGAUCACCGAAGCAGAGCAGGACAAAGUCCAGAUCCCCAGGACUCAGUAAACCAUCAACAUCACGAUCACUAUCGCCACGUAACCGGUCCAAGUCUCAUACUCCUAAAUCCAAAUCCCAGAAAAGAAACAAGCGUUCAAUGUCAAAAUCGCCCAUCAGUGACAAAUCCAAGUCUGUCUCAAGCGACAGGCAAUCUGAGAGCGUAUCCCCAGAACGCUCAAGAUCCAGGUCUACUGCCAAGGACAUAAAGUCUCCGAAAAUGGCUGACAAGCAUACUACAGACACGACUGUGAAUAAUGAAGCGUCUACUAAGCCUGUUGCGGAAGCUGUAGCAGCAGCUGCAGCAGAGCCCUGGAAGCCCCUCGCUUUGGCUGCUGCCUCCAAAUCUACCACACAGGGCAAGCCAGUGGCUGGGCAGGCUGAAGAGAGCAGCUCUGAGAUUCCAUCUGAAGACCAUGACUCAGCAGCAGAAGAGCCAAAGGGGGAAAGAAGCCCAACAAGCUCCUCUGAAGAAGAGCCAGAUGAGCAUGCUACCUCCAGGUCUGUUUCACCAGAGACCGUUCCUGCUGAUCGCCGCUCCAGGUCCUCACCUUCUAAAUCUCCCAUUAAGAAGACAUCCCCAAAACAACGGCAGUCCUCAACGUCAGCGUCUCCUACCAGGAAGUCCCGAUCACCUGCCGGCAGGAAGAUGUCCACCUCUCCCUCACGGAGGCGCUCCCGGUCCAAGUCCAUCUCUCCCUCUCAGUCCAAGUCUGCCUCCAGAAGGAGACGUUCCAAGUCCCCAGCCAGAAAAAGGAAGUCUGUCUCCCCGCCUGCCAGACGGAAGAAGAGGUCUAAGUCCAGAAGUCCUGCCCGGCGCAGGAGAUCACGCUCUAAGUCACCGGCACGGCGCAGGAAGUCACGUUCCAAGUCCAGAACCAGGACCAAGCGCUCAAAGUCCCGCUCUCCGGCAAGAAGGAAGAGGUCCAAGUCAGCAGACAGGAGCAAACGCUCCAAGUCUCGUUCUCCAGGCCGGAGGAGAAGGUCCCGCUCCGGGUCGCGGCGGCGCCGGCCCGUCAUGCGGAAUCGCUCGUUUGACCGACGCGACCGAUGGAAACGGGAACCAAGCCACUCGCCAAUCCUCAUCCUCCGCAAGCGCCGUUCCACAUCUCGAGGCCGCCGCAGUGCCAGCAAGACCCCUCCUCGUCUCACUGAGCUGGACAAAGACCAGCUCCUGGAGAUAGCGAAGGCCAAUGCAGCAGCCAUGUGUGCUAAAGCAGGUGUGCCCAUCCCAGAGAGUCUGAGACCCAAGGCCAUCCUCCAGCUGCCCCUGCCCAACCCAGCCCCAACUCCCCUGAAUCUGCCUCUUCCCCUGCCGUUGCCUCUCAACAUGCCCGGCAUGGGCAUGCCCAAUAUGCCCAACAUGCACAACAUGCACAUGCCCAACAUGCACAUGCCCAACAUGCACAUGCCCAACAUGAACAUGCCCAACAUGAACAUGCCCAACAUGAACAUGCCCAACAUGAACAUGCAUAUGCCCAAUAUGAAUAUGCCCAAUAUUAAUAUGUCCAAUAUUAAUAUGUCCAAUAUGGGCAAUAUGUCCAAUAUGGCCAUGAGUGCUGCCAUGGCCAGUAUGACAGCUGCCACCAUGACUGCAGCCCUCACCAACAUGGCCCAGAUGUCAAACAUGCCCCAGAUGGCCCCCCUCCCCACCAUCACCAACAAGCCCCAGAUGGCCCCCCUCCCCACCAUCACCAACAAGCCCCCUCCUAGCCAGGCUCCCCAAACAACCCUUCCCCCCCUCAACCUGGACCACAUAGAGGAGGUGAAGAGGAAGGUGACUCAGCAGGCCAACAUCUACAGCAUCAAGGAGCUCACUGAGAAAUGUAAGAUGAUCGCAGCGAGUAAAGAGGAGAUGGCCAUAGCGAAGCCACACGUGUCUGAUGACGAGGAUGAGGACAGGAAGCCUCGCGGCAAGAGCUUCCUCAGUUAACUUCUAUUUGGGGCGCAUCACAUGAGGCGAGAGGCUCCCCAUAGAAACAUCACCGGCGGACUGAAGUGCGGGUUGUUGUGGUUACAGAGAAGGAACAGUAUCAGAUACUGCCAGCCCCUUUUCCCUGGACAAUCAUUCCCUCCCCCAGCAUCAGUGCUCUAGCUGUCUGGGUUUCCACUAGCUUCCAAAGCCACAGUCAGAUUCCACAGCUACAAAGUCAAAAUUGGCUACAAGAAUUAGCUUUUUGGUCUUCAUUUAGGGUUAGGCAUAAGGUUAGCAGUGUGGUUAAGGUUAGGAAUAGGUUUCAGUUAACAUUUUACGAAGAUCAAUUGUAUAAAUGGGUGGGGUUUAGCCAUAAUUAUGACUUUGAGGCUAUGGAUGCUAGUGAUGACAGAUUGGAGUGUACAGUGUGGUUACUCCUAGCUUCUACACGUUGGUCAGACAGAGCUCUGGACAAUGACUGAAGAUAAAUGAAAGAAGGAACACACUUUCAAAGUUUUGUCGACCCUUUCUAAUGUUAAACUUUUCUGUUUAUUUUUUGUGUUCAGUGAUUAAAUUACCAGCUCACGGUUCCUUUAGUGACAUUUUAACCUGUAAUUGAGUGAACUGCUAGGACUGCCCUCGGCGCUCGCACACACAGAUUUCAGUAAUAUGAUGGUCAGCUGUGUCUGUAGUGACGGGCAGACCGACCAGGUGUCUCCAUUGAGAAGACAAACUGAUCAGGGCUUUGGAGGAUCCACUCUUAAUGUUUUGUCACUUCUAGUAUUUCUCUGGUGUUUUUCUGUUAAAUUCCUAAUGUAAUCUUUAGCUAUUUUAAUGACUUAAAAUACAUUUUAGGAUUUCCUUGGUCAGUAGGAUAUUAUUUGGCUGGCUUUGUACAUAAUGUAUUGACGAUUAUUAAAGGAAACCAGAAAAUUA